UACAAUGAAUUUGGAUUAUCUUAUUGGUCAGGUAUGCCUUAUCCUGAAUUCCUAAAUUGCUGAGGUAUUGGCACAUUUGCUUUCUGAUACUUCAAUAUCACAAACUUUGUUUCAUACACAAAAUUAUUAGAAAAAUAGUCAGCUCUCUGAUAUUCACUGAGUUUAGGAGUACAGUUCUCCCAUGAAAACAAAAACUUCCAAAUAGGGAAGGAUUUUUUUUUAUACUUAAGAGGGUGCCUUUCUUGGAAUUUCUAGGUAUUCUAGCAUGGCGAUAUAGUUGAAAUCCUCUGGAAGCUGGCCAUAGGAUUGUAUUGCUGGAUAUAUUCUAUUUAGAGCCUCUGCUGGAGAACCAUACUCAUUUAGAGAAUAAGGAGAAAUUGCACAUCCUUCUACAGGGUUCAAAUAAAAACUCUAUUUUAAAACUGACCCUUUUUAUGCAAAAAGCGCUGGCCAUCCGUGAGAAGAUGGAAGCGGACAGCUGUGAUAUUAAUGCCAAUAACAAAAUCCAAAUUUAAAAUUUACUGUGGACAAGCCACUAGUUUUACUUACCCUUGCCCCCGCUUAAACCUUACUUUAAGGAAAUAAUUAAUUUUAAAUUUAAUCUUUUUAUUCUGUAUUUGCACAACUACCUAGGAGUGGGUUGGUAGGCUAGUAGGCCGGGAUGCUUUAUAUACAUGGUUUUACAUGGUUUUACUGUAUGUAUGGGUAAGUGUGUACAUUUUGUAUGUUUCACAUGUUUUGAUAUGGUCAAAAUUGACUAAUCAAUAAAGAGUUGUUGUUGUUGUAUUGCUGGAUAUAGAGAUUCCUAUAGAGGUGUUCUCUCUAGAAAUCACUGGGUCCUCCAGCAUUUGUUGUUGUUGUUUAUUUGUUCAGAUGCUUCCGACUCUUAAUGACUUCAUGGACCAGCCCACACUAGAGCUCCCUGUUAGCCGUGGCCACCCCCAACUUCUUCAAGUUCACGCCAGUCACUUCAAGGAUACCAUCCAUCCAUCUUGCCCUUGGUCGGCCUCUCUUCCUUUUUCCUUCCAUUUUCCCCAGCAUCAUGAUCUUCUCCAAGCUUUCCUGUCUUCUCAUCAUGUUGCUAAAGUACUUCAUCUUUGUCUCUAAUAUCCUUCCCUCCAGUGAGCAGCCGGGCAUUAUUUCCUGGAGGAUGGACUGGUUGGAUCUUCUUGCGGUCCAAGGCACGCUCAGGAUUUUCCUCCAGCAUCAGAGUUCAAAAGCAUCUAUCUUCUUUCACUCAGCCUUCCUUAUGGUCCAGCUUUCACAUCCAUAGAGUACUAUGGGGAAUACCAUGGCUUUGAUUAUGCGGACCUUCGUUGCCAGUGUGAUGUCUUUACUCUUCACUAUUUUAUCAAGAUUGGUCAUUGCUCUCCUCCCAAGAAGUAGACGUCUUCUGAUUUCCUAGCUGUAGUCUGCAUCUGCAGUAAUCUGUACACCUAGAAACACAGUCUUCUCCCUCUAUUUCUCCCUCUAUUUGUCAGUGAUCGAUCAGUUUGGUUAUCAUAAUCUUGGUUUUCUUGAUGUUUAACUGCAACCCAGCUUUUGCACUUGCUUUUUCACCUUGGUUAUAAGGCUCCUCAGCUCCUCCUUGCUUUCAGCCAUCAGUGGUAUCAUCUGCAUAUCUAAGGUUUUUAAUGUUUCUUCUAGCAAUUUCAACUCCAGCCUUGGAUUCAUCAAGUCCCGCACAUUGUAUGAUGGGUUCUGCAUACAAGUGGAAUAGGUAGGGGGAGAGGAUACAGCCCUGCCGUAUGCCUUUCCCCAUCUUGAACCAGUCUGUUGUUUUGUGGUCUGGAGGUCCUAGAGAUUGCUAGAGAGAAUAUUUUAAAUCAAAUCAGCAAAUAACCAAAUGCACAAAAGUCCAAACCACAAAUGUGAAGGGACAACUAUAUUGUGCAUAAACACAUCUUCAGGAAAUGUGUGUAAGGCGUUUAUGGCACAUCCAUUAAUUUUGUAGUUAGACUUGAGUCUCCUCUCCAAGAUGUGUCAUUAUGUAUGCAGAUACAGAUAUCGCAAAAUCUUAAACAGUUCUGUUCCCAAGCAUUUUGGAUAAAGGAUACUCAACUUAUAUUCUUGCUUUUGAAAGAACCCAACAGAGGGGAAAAUGAAGAGGGGUGAAAAUAGAUUAUACCACAACUGAAAUGUGUGGGUUUUGGAAAAGCCCAGACAGAAAAAAGGACUGCGGUGUGGGGGCAUCCCAUCUCGUGAUCAGUCCAAGAGAAGCUUAUUUACCAAUAUCAAUGUGGUUUCCUUUUUUCUCAGUGAAAAAGGGGAAGACGUACGGGCCAAUUGGAUGCUUUGCUUCUGCCCUGAAACUGAGUAGUAAAUAUCACCAGGGAGAGAGGGUUUUGCCCCAGAAACUAAGUUGUUUCAAACCGAUAAAUGAAGUUAGAAUUGCAUUAAUGUGGAAGAUUUUGGAUUUUCUGAAAAUGAAACCCGCUCCAUAUAAAAGGACCAUCAAAAUGGACCAUGAAGCCAGAGACAUUCUUUUUGGACAGGCAAACGGAAACCUCACUAAUCAGAGAUCCUCAAGAACAUGCGUCUGUGUGGUGCAGCCUUCCUCCUUCAGAUUCUCUUCAGUGUUGACCUCCUUGUGGCAGCUGUCCCGGUUGGGCUCCGUGGGGAGAAGGCGUCAGGGCUCAAGAGCAGCUCAGAAUGGAGAGCAAACCUUCAGAAAGAAUUGGGCAGCAGCUUAAAGCUCUCAAGGCAACUUCUCUGUAAAACAAGAAACCUUAAACAUCUCUAUCAAUCCGAACGUCUGCCUGGAGCCCACCUCUUUCUUAUACCUCACUCUCGGCGGCUUCCCUCACCCAACCUUAAUCUGUCUACGUGGCUAGCUCUUCCGGAUGCCAAGCGCUUGUCCCACAUGGCUGAGGGGCUCUCCUUCUAUCAGACUUUGGUACAGCAGCUCAGGGAUCAUGAAGCCACCAAAGAAGAUUUCAGACUUCUUUCCCAGCUUGAAGAUCUCCGCUGUAAUCUCCGAGACUUAAGUCAUCACGUAAGCUAUCAGAUUUCACGUUGGGAGCUGCCAUUUGAAAACCACCUUGAGCCAGCUCUCCAGCCUCCUCAGAUCCUUCAGCAUCAGAAUCAGUGGAGCAACCGGCAAGAAGUGUACCUCGUCCUGCGAUAUCUGGAGAAUUUCCUGUGUCGUGUCACAAGAGAUUUUGUGAUGCUCAGAGCUAGACUGGUGAAGGGAACUUUCCUUUCCAGAGGUCCCCGAACUCCCAGUUCCCAUUCGAUCUCAUCUUAACGUCCUGUUGUAGAGAAUGUUAGCAUGCUGGCAUGCAGGCUGCUAAAGCUUCUUGUCUACUAAUUUAAGAACAGUGUUUAUUUAUGAAUGUUAUAUUGCUUAUCUGGAAUAUCUAAUUUAUAUGUAUUUAUUUUUUCUACCUAAAUAUGUAUUUUUAAUUUAUUUUGUAAAUAAAAUGGAGCAGAAAAACACCAUCACUGUUUUCAUGUCCUUAAUAAUUGUUCUUUCAGUUUUAAUGACUGAAUGUAACUUGUGUGUGUAAAAGAGAAAGGGAAAGCAAAGAGAAAGGUGAUGUGCUUUCCGGGAAUCUUUGUUAUGUUUUCAGAAAAUGCUUAUCAAGCUUGCUGCUCUAGAGAACUGAUUCUGGUUUGGGAACCUUGGACUUAAAUCAGUGGAAGUGAUGAUAGUGUUUGGAAAACAAUUCUGAAGGGGUUGCCACAGUUCAGUGGCAGAACAGGAGCCUUCAGUGACGUAAUGGGUUAAACCCUUGUGCUGGUAAGACUGCUGACCAACAGGUGGCGGUUCAAAUCGGGGGAAAGUGGGUGAGCUCCCUCUGUCAGCUUCAGCUUCCCAUGCGGGGACAUGAGAGAAGCUUCCCACAAGGAUGGUAAAACAUCAAAACAUCCGGGCGUC